AGGGUCGAGAAAAUGGCGAUCGACAGCCCUCGAUGGCUCCGUGAGAUAGUUGAUAACAUGGUAGCUAUAGCUCUCCAGAGUGCAUUGUUCGCGACGGCAGUCAUGAUGCUCCAGUAUCCUUCGCCAUCGCUCGAAUGGCACCGAGCUGUCUGCCUAAUUCGGAAAUGAAGGGAUUUCAGAGAUGAGCAGGGACUAAGAACCGACGGGACCUAGACAAGGAUCCAUGCAUAUUCUCUUACCAUCUGCGGUUGUCCUUUGUACGCCGGACGAUAUGACCAACGUGAGGGAAUGAAGGCUAGAUGCAGCAGCACGUAUGAUCUCCCCUGUUCCCCAUAAACUGUCAUCAUCUGCAAGGUCGACUGUCAAAUCCCGCAGUUCUCGAAACGACAUCGCAGACUGGAGAAAGUUGCAGAUCGAAAAAUCGGUCCGCGAUGAAUUCAUAGCAUAACUGAGAGUGAGAGACUUUGGAUGAAGUGAGGAAGGUAAAGUUUGUAAGGGGAUAUGGAGCAGAUUGGGAAGGUAGAGAAGAUGGAGAGUGAGAUGUUCAACAUUGUGGAAAAGGUGAAGGAUGUCAAUGAACUGUGUUUGAUAGUCCAAGUCAAAGCAAGCGGCACAGUGUUCGUUCUUCCAGCUCAGCUUCCUGAUUGACCAUGUCGAUGUACACAGGGACCCUGCUUCUCGGGAG